GUGAAACGUGGCGGCCGCGUCGUCGUGAAUGUUUGCUCAUGUUGGCUAGACAAGAGGCUACAUUCACUACUUCUCAUUGCUCCAAAGUAGGUAGGUGGUGGUUGCAGUUCGCUGAUAAAUCUGGGCUUGGCAUUCCCCGAACAAGCAAUGCGGUGUCAGGCCGGGUCGGUCCCGUCCAAGAGCUAUUAUUCUGGUGGAGGCUGUGCAUGCUCUGGUGUGACACCCUACCUUGGCAGCUCCCCAUGGUAGCCCGCAAGGCUGCGAGCCGACGAGUCUAGACCGCCUAGAGCUGGAACAGUGACUUCUGAAGGCCCAAGGGAUUUAAAGAGAAAAUGGCUCGGACAGCAAAAGCGGACGCAGUGAAUACGGGGGAAAUCCACUCCUGAGCCUUUGGAUUCCUCGAACCACGCCCGAGACAUUAACAAACGUCUCUUAGCUCGGUUUUAUGACCUCGACCAAACAUGGGCUCUCUUUCCGCCCCCCCCUUGCCCUCUGGCAGCGUCUUCAACCUCAGCGGCCUGGGCAGAGACCAGAGCGAGCUUCUUGACCUCCUCGACAAGGUCCAGUUUGCCCAAAUUGGUGGCGACAUUCUCCCGCAGAUUAUCGUCGUCGGCGACCAGUCCUCGGGCAAGAGUUCGGCCCUCACCUCGCUCACUGGCAUUCAUUUCGCUCGCCACCAAAAAGCAUGCACCAGAUACGCCACGGAAAUCCGACUGCGGCGCAACAGCCCAGUUUCACGCGUCAGGGUGUGGAUCGUCCCCGACGAAAGCCGGCGCCGGGGCGACAAGGAGAACCAGGAGCUACAACAGUUCGCGAGAGAGAUCCAGGAGACGCCCGAAAGGAUCAGAGAAUGCAUGGAGGCGGCAUCCAAGCUCAUCGUGAGCCAAAAUCGCUCCACUUUUGCCUUCAAGGACAAGCUGGUGAUUGAAAAGUCAGGGCCCGACUUGCCACUCCUGACUCUUGUCGAUUUGCCUGGCCUUGUCUUGAACGCCAACGAACAGCAGACGAAAGAAGAUAUCCAGAUGAUCGAGGCUCUCUCCGAGCUCUACAUGAAAAAUCCAGCAACGGUCAUCCUCGCCGUCGUCAGCGGGGCCUACCAGUUCGUCCAGGCUCAAAUCCUGGACAAGGUUGUCGCACUGGGCGUGGGAAGCCGCACCAUUGGCAUAUUGACGAAGCCUGACAUGGCGGACCGUGAGGGCUUGACCGACGAAUACAUCGACCUCAUUACCAAGCAGGACACCAACGCAAAGUACCACUUCAAGCUCGGCUGGCACGUCCUCCUCAACCCGGAUUUCAAGAGCAACCCGACCAUGGACGAGAGAAUUCGCCACGAAGCCAGCUUCUGGGCGGGAAAGUGGGCGUCCGCCCUCCCAGCCAGCAUGCGUGGCGCCGACACCCUGAGGGCGCGGCUCAGCCUGGAACUCCAGAGGGCCGUUGUCCGUGAGAUCCCAGCCAUUCAACGGAGCAUCCAAGAAGCCGAAGAUAAGAACGAAACUCAGCUCAAGGCCCUUGGCAAAGUCCUCACCAAGCCGAAAGAGAAACUUAUCGAGCUCGCUCGGCUCUUCGGGCUAUCCAACCAGCUUGUCCUCGAGGCUGCCAAGGGACAUUACACAAACCCUCCGGACGAGCACUUCUUCAAGGAUGAGCGAGACCCGAAAGGCAUCCCGCCCAGGAACCUCCGUGCCAGGGUGGUGGCUGAGAGUAGUGAGUUCGAACGCCAAUUCCGCCAGUUUGGCCUCCAACAGAGGUUCGUCACCGGAAAGGACGGCAAGCCUGAUGCCAAGGCGAAACGCAAGUUUGCCAAGAAGGAGGUCGAACCCUUGCUGCCGCAGAUCAUAGGCACCCAGCUCCCAGGCGACUCCAAUACACGAGCACCGUACAUGGUGUUUCGGCAGCACUCGCGGGACUGGCCGGUCCGCGCUCAGGAGUACCAGUGGAAGGUCGCGGCCGCCUGCCAGGAGUUCCUGGGCGAGGUGACUGAGUAUGCCUGGCCGCCGACUAUGCGCUCGCCUCUCGAAGAGCAGUUUCUCAAGGAGAAGAUGGCCGCUAUUCUUAGCGCAGCGAAAUUUGAGCUCCAUCAGCUCAACAAGGAGCGAUACGAGAUCCAACCAUUCGACCCCGAAUAUCUGGCCUGCCUCGAGGACGCAGUCAAAACGUACCAGGGCGAAGACGAGGCUGCACGGCCCAUGACCGAAGCUGAAAGGGUCGUUGAGCAGAUGCUUGCCUACUACAAGAUUGCCGAGAGCGUCUUUGUCCGAAAUGUCAUCUACCAAGUUGCAGAGAGACAUCUCCUCCGUGGCAUGCUCCGCAUCUUUGACCCAACCGAGGUUGCCCAGAUGGAGGAGAAGAAGAUCGAUGACAUCACCGCCGUGAGUAAGGAGGCUCAAGAGGAAAGAAAAAGGCUCGAGCAAGAGAAGAAACGGAUCGAGGAUGCGAGAGACGUCUGCAACAAGAUCUUGAGACGCAAAAAGGAUCUGCAGGUGGGAUACGAGGUUGGGGUUAGCCGUGACGCUGACGCCGGUGCCGCAUCCGGCGAUGACGACUUCGAGCUGCCCAGCGGGCACAGAACUGAGAACAUUCCAGUGACCCUCUUCCCUAGCAGUAGUGAAGACUCGCAGCCCGCGCGAGCGACUGACGACGAAGUCGAUUCGGAACUGCAGAGGCGCCAACAAAGACAAGGAGAGCGGCGGCAGCUUGCAGAGCGACGCCAGCGUGAAGAAGACGAGAGACUGGAACGGCUGCGGAAGCUUGAGGAGACCCAAAGUCGGGAGCAAGACCGUCGGCGUCAAGAGCAACGCCAAAGGCAAGAGAAGGAAGAAAGAGACCGAGUCGAAGCCGAGCGGCUACUGGAUGAGGAGAAUCGGCGUCGGCUCGAACACCAGCAGCGGAUCCAAGAGCAGAAGAAGCUAGAAGAGCAGCGCCAACUCAAAGAGCAAGAGGAGCGAGAACGGGUUCGCGAGGCAGAGCAACGUUUGCGAGAGGAGAACCAGCGUAAGCUCGAUCAACACCAGCGGGAAAUGGACGAGGCAAGGAAGAAACUGGAAGCCCAGCGCGAACAAGAGAAACGAGAUGGCGAGGAGAAAGAGAGGCAAGACGUGAUACGCCAAGAUUUGAAACGUCAACAAGAGGACCGACAACGGCAGGAGGAUAAACAGCAGCAGCGCGAGGCCGAGACCCAACUCCGGGAAGAGAAGCAGCGCCAGCUCGAGCAGCACCAGCUCGAGCAGCAAGCGCUGGACAAGCAGCAACAACGCGAGAAGCAGCGCGAAGCGCAGAGACAGCACAGCCAACAGUGGCAACAGGAACAAGCAGAGCAGGAGAUACGUGAGCGCAUGAAAGAGCGCAACCGGCGAGAGCUGGCAAGACUGCAGGUCGAAGCUCUCGAGGAGCAGAAGCAGCGAGCCUUGCAGCAGCAGCAGCAGCAGCAUCAGAUUCAACGGGACCUAGACCAAGCCAGAAAGCGAAGCCGCGCCUCCCUCGGCUCGCAGGCGGAGCCACAGAUCUCCCCGACACGCACAAGCACAGGCAGCCAACCUUUAUCACCCCGUCACCGGCGCAGCAGCAGCAGCACCAACAACUUGAACAUGCCGCUGACGCCAAAGGCCGUGCAGCAGACGAUCCCCGAAGAUCCCGUUCCUGAUGAUACCACCACUAGGAAAUCCAUGCAGCUGCAAGACCCGCCCGCCACGCCCGAGGACUGGGCGUACACGGCGCAGGACAUCUACCUCCCGCGCGGCAGCGGCAGCGGCAGCGGCAGCAGCAGAGGCCAGGGGUUCAACAUGCCGGGACAGUUUCCAGGGGACGAGGAUGCAGCUGUCGACGGUCCGCAGUCGUUUGGGACUGUUUGGACAAGAACUGGCGGUGGGCGGCGGGAGUCGGGGUCUCAGCCUGUGUCUACCGGAGUACGUGAGGCUAGGGAUGUGAAUGGCCGGCCGUAUUUUGCGCAGCAGCAGAACAGUGGCUCGAGGGCAGGGCCAUCGGCGCAGUAUGACCGGCCCACGUCCCUGGAGGUUGAGCGGCCCAAGAAGGAGUCCAAGGUGGGUCGGUUUUUCAAGCGGUCUUGA